AUGCAUAUUGCAUUACGCAGCGCUGCCCCAGCACGCGGGCACAGUGGUCCGCCGCCACCUCGCCGCAGCUGGCUGCCGGGCGAGCGGGCUCCGGCAGACCUCUCGGUGUUCCGGUGGUCCUCCAGACCGGGCAGCGCCCGCUCCAACGCGCCGCUCGAGGAGUGGGCGGCGUGGGCGCAGGAAGCCGCUCCCGGCCCGGCCCGUCCCGUCCCGGCUCAGCCCCCAGAAUUAGGCCGCCAGCCGCACGGCGCCUCUCGACCGCCGCCCCCACCGCCCCCGCCCCAGACAUCCGCGCGGCCUUUUGUAAGAAAUGCUGAAGCCGUGACGUCACGGACGAUUCUCGCUCGGGGGACGGAGCGGAAGGCGCGCUCCUUACAAGUGCCACCGCCAAGCGUUCUCGGCGCGUCUGCCGAGUGCUGUGAGUACGAUCGGCGCGUCUGCAGCGAGUGUGACGGCCGCUUCCGCCGCAGGAAGAGGGUGCCCGUCCGCCGUAACAGAAGGGUUGGAGGGCAGACGGAGGAAGGAAGGAAGGGCGGAGAGGGCGGAGGGCCACGCGUGUUCUGGGCCGGAGCGGCGGGGCCAGCCGGCCGGAAGCGCCCGUCGUGUUCUCCAGGGCUCGGCGCAGCCCGGCCACUCGAGUUCCGCCUCUCGACGGUAAAUCGCAAGGCGCCACGCGGCGGGCGGAAUGCCGAGCAGCCGAGUGCUUUGCGUCAGCAGCAGCUUCUCCCGAGCAUCACUGCGCGCUAG